CUCCAAGAUCUCCUUCCCCUUGGUGAUCCGACCCUAUUUCGCUUUAGCCGCUGUAUUUUCUGUCAAUUCUUUCCAAUUUCUAGAGGUUUUUCUUCUCCCUUUUCCCAGGAAUUUCUGUGUUUUUCAUAUUUCCAAAGCUUCGUUUCAUCUUCCAAGUAAACAGUUUUUAUGUGUUUUUCCAGUGGAGGUGGAAGCGAACUAGUUGUGCAGAAAAAAUGCUGCCGCAACGGAUGAAGACGGCCAUUACAGAUAACCCGAAGAAGCUUGCUAACUUGAUUGAUCUCGUAAACCUUCCUUCAACUCUCAGGGAGUUUGUGGGACAGUCCCAAAUUUCUCGUCUGGGCUGUUUCAAGUAUGUGUGGUCAUAUAUCAAAACCAAUAAUCUUCAGGAUCCAACCAACAAGAAUGUGGUCAUUUGUGAUGAGAAGUUAAGGAGUAUAUUGCUAGGCAAGUCCAAGGUUGAGCUAGCCGAACUUCCCGCGCUGAUUAAAUUACAUUUUCCCAAGAACCCCAAGUGAGUUAUGCUUGCAGUUUAACCUCUGCCACAUCCAGAAUGACCUCUUCAAUGUUUAGCCUCAAUUUUGUAUGAAUCUCCUUCUAGGUUUCUUUUAUAUAUAUUAUCAGAAAUUUAUUUGACUCUUCUUGUACCUCA